GAAAAGAUACUGUGUUGUUCUUCUCUGAUGAAUCACUGAUGAAUCUUUUCUAUUCUGUGAACCGCGUAAAGACCAAGGUCGCUGGCAAAAGUUGGAUCCAAAUUCCACUCUGUGAACUGGGAGGAAGAGCCAAAACAAACAGACACAGAGAUGGAGACAGUGUCACGACCUUGACAAAAGAUUGGUGCUUUUGCUAAAUGGCAUGGCCAUCUCAUUCUUUUCUUUCAGAACUUGCUUUCUCUCUCUCGCGCUCCUCUCUACCUUCUUCUUCUUCCUCCUCACAACCCCAAAUUCCAAUUCCCCAAACUACCCCUCCCCAUUUCUCAUAACCCCCCACAGGUUCCUCAUCACCACCCCAGCAAAAAACCCACCUUGCUCCUCCACCACCAUAACCCACUCCAAUGGCCUCUUCAACUACUUGUACCUCCAUUUCUGCCUCUUCAGCCAAAACCCUUUUUUCUCUCUCUCUUCACUGUCUAUCAUCCUCCUUCUCCUCUUCUACAUCCUCAUCAAAACAGCUCAAGAUCACUUCUCUUUGGUCACAACAAAGCUCACUUUUUCCCUCAAUUUAACUCCAAGCAUGGCCGCCGUGACCCUCUUAGCGCUCGGCAACGGCGCUCCUGACGUCUUCGCAUCGGUCGCGGCGGUCCGGACCGGCCAAUACCGAACUGGCUUCGGCGCAAUUCUUUCGGCCGGCACGUUUGUCUCGGCGUUUGUGGUUGGUUUCGUGGCAAUUUACGCCGCACCCUUUUCGCUCAAUCCGGCGCCGUUUGUGAGGGACGUGUUGUUUUAUCUGACCGCGGCGUUGUUCUUGUUCUAUGUGUAUCUUAGUGCCGAGAUUUAUCUGUGGCAGGCUGUUGGGUUUGUUGGGUUUUACUUGUUUUUUGUUGGCCUUGUGUUUUGGAUGGACUUGGGGUUAGGUGCAGGAGGAAAGAAGAGCAGGGUUGAGGCGGGUGUGGUUGGAGACGGUGAAAUUCAGAGGGGUUUGGUUGCACCAGAUUUUGAGAUCGGACAAGUUUCGGAGAAUUCAGAGGAUGGGAAGCCAAGUUUCGGGCUUCGGCGAGCUCUUGUAAUGAUCUCAAAAGCAUGGGAGCUUCCAGUCUCAGUUCUUCUAAAGCUCACAAUUCCGCAAGCUGCACCUUCUGAAUGGAGCAGAUUCUACACAUCAGCCAAUAUUGCUCUUUGCCCUCUAGCCCUUCUAUAUGCUUGCAAUUCGUUCAUGCCAUUCAACCAUCCUGUUGUUUUUCUCCUUUCCGAUACCCAUUUGCCCCUAUGGUUUGUAGUCCUCUUGGCAAGCUCCCCUCUUGCACUUCUUUAUUAUAUAGUGGAAAAAGAUCCCCCCAAAACUGAGCAAAUGCCUGUAUUGCUUAUAGCAUUUGUUAUGAGUGUUUUUUGGAUAUCAACUACUGCUGGAGAACUGCUGAACUGCCUUGCUGCUCUUGGAUCACUUCUGGAGUUGCCACCUGCACUUCUUGGGCUUACGGUUCUAGCAUGGGGAAAUUCAGUGGGGGAUCUUGUUGCUGAUGUUGCACUUGCCAAGGCAGGCCACCCUGCAAUGGCCAUGGCUGGUUGUUUUGCUGGGCCAAUGUUUAACAUGCUUGUUGGACUUGGAACAGCUUUGGUUAUACAGACAUAUAAUGUUUAUCCGGAGGUGUACGAGCUUCAGUUCCACAUGGGUAUUAUAAUUGCAUUUGUUUUCUUGCUUUUGAGCCUGAUGGGAUCUCUAUUGGUGAUUACAUGGUGCAGAUUCCGGGUGCCUAGGUUCUGGGGGUUUUGUCUUGUUGGUCUCUAUGUUAUUUUUAUGGCAGUUAGUUUGGUUAUUGCCAAGUUUUCAGGAUGAUUCUUUAUCCAUUGAGAUUGGAUCUACCAUCGAACAAUUGCACACAACCGGGGAUAACUUGCAGCUACCAAAUGUCAUCUGAGCUUGAUCAUGCCAACUAUGACUUGGAUGAAUUGUGCAUAUUAUAGAAGCAUCAUUCGUUGACAAUGUAAGAAAGAGGUCAAGGAUCAAGAAGUACAUUGCUUAUUGAAGAAUUUGCACCCUCUUUGCUCCCCCAUAUGAAAGGGAUAUGUAGCUUAUUACAGGUUGAUUUGAUUUUUGUUUCAACACUGGAUAGAUGAAAUUCUUUUAGACUACAAAUAAUCGUCUUGUAGAUGAAA